AUGGGUACGAAGUUCCUAAAGCUAGUCAACCCCUUCACGCCAUGCUUCAUGUUCUUCUACGGUUCCCUCAUGGACUCUGAGGUUCUCCAGUCAGUGCUUAGUCUUCAGGAUACCCCUACCGUUGCGAAAGGAGUAAUAAAGGGAUUUUCAAUGAAGAUGUGGGGCAUUUAUCCUACAAUUAUACCCAAUAACGAAGGAGAUAUAUCCGGCACAGUAUGGAAAGUCGAUUUAGAAUCUCAUUUCUUGCGUUUGCAGGAGUACGAGACUGGAGCAUAUACUUGGUGCUUCUGUGAUAUUGAACUAGAGGAUGGAGAACUGUUGCGUGGAUGCCGAACGUUCUGCUGGGCUGGAGAAGCCAAUAGCAAAGACCUCGAAGAGGGGUCGUUUGAUUUGCUCCGAUACCAGAAGUAUUUCAAAGCUUCAGUUGUCCUGAACCAAUAG